CCCAUUAUUUUUAUAAAAUCGACAACUUUUGAGCGCCAAACAUGGAAUGGAAAUGAAAAUGCAGUUACCAAACUAUGAGAAAACCAUGCCAAUUUCUUCGCAUCAAUGCAACCCCUUUCACCAUGUCUAUGUGAGAGAAUGAACACGGUCCAAAUUUUCUUGAUGGAGAGAGAUUGGAUUGGUUCUUCGCUCUAAUCUUUGUAAGAAAAGAUUGAAAAACACCAAUAAAAAAAUGGCGCAGGCACAACCAGAAGAAAAAUUGCAGGAAAUAAGAGACAAAGAAGCAUCCAGGAAGGAAGAAAAAAGGGAAAUUUCCAGUUCUCCUUCUUUUAAAUUCAAUGCACACGCCCCUGAAUUCGUCCCUAGUUCGCACACCCAGAUUCCGGUUUCCGGUUAUUUUUAUCCAUGCUUUAACUAUCUAGGUGUCAGCGGGAACGACGGCGGUGGUUCCGGUGAAUGGGUUUAUGUUGGUGGCAGCGAUCAAGAUCAACAAGUGCAGUUUUUCUCCAAUCCAGAUGUUGUGAUCCCCAACUAUUCGAAGAAUGUCCUCACCGAGGAUCUUCAACAAAAAAUCAUCAAACAGGUGGAGUAUCAAUUUAGUGGCCUGAGCCUGCUUGCAAACGAAUCCCUGGUGAAACACAUUAACAAGGACCCUGAAGGCUAUGUUCCUAUAUCUGUUAUUGCAUCUAUGAAGAAAAUCAAAUCUUGCAUUACAAAUAAUCAUCUUCUUGCUCAAGCUCUUUGCUCAUCUUCAAAGUUGGUUGUAAGCAAUGAUGGCAAAAAAGUUAGGCGUAAACACCCCUUCACGGAAAAAGACAAAGAAGAGCUUCAGUCUCGCACCGUGGUUGCAGAGAAUCUUCCUGAAGACCAUUCUCAUCAAAAUCUUGAGAAAAUCUUUAAUGUCGUGAGAAGUGUGAAAGCCAUACGUAUUUGCCAUCCACCAGAGCCUAAUUCCUCACGUUCUAGAGGUGAUUAUGUUUUUAGCAACAAGCUUCAUGCUUUGGUAGAGUACGAAACUGCAGAAAUGGCUGAGAAAGCGGUUGAAAAGUUGAAUGACGAAAGGAAUUGGCGAAAAGGGCUAAGAGUUAGGUUGCUGCUUCGUCGUUCUCCAAAGUCUGUAUUAAAGAGCAGGAAGUCAGAGUUUGAUGGAAUACUUGACGAUGAUAAUGAUGAACUAUUCGAUACGCCUGAAGAAUCCUCUCCAACUAUCUUCACUGAAACUGUUGUCGAUAAUAACGUUGAAGAGGGUUCGAAGAAAGGAUGGGCACGAUUACGUGGGAAGUCAAAGAUACGAACGCCGACACAUAACGGACGUGGGGUUCUUUCAGGGUCACCACAAUCAAGUGGGUCGGCCCAUUCCGAAACAUCAUCACCUAAGUUGAGUCCAAAAGGGCCAAGAAUGCCAGAUGGAACAAGGGGUUUUACCAUGGGAAGAGGGAAGCCAAUGUCUCCUCAUGCUCUAACUAGCACACCAUAAGUGUUGUUUUAAAUUUUGUAAGGUUAGCUCUAUAUAGUUCAUGCUAGUUUUUUUAUUCCCCAAACAUCAAACUAUAGGAGGAGUUUUAUUUUUAUUUUUAUGUUUUUAUUUGUUUUGUAUUUUGUAAUAAUUUGCUGUUUUGAUGAAUUCCUUUUGUAUAUUUAUGAUUUAAGAGUGUGAUUGUGUUUGUUGC